UCUUCACAUCCGGGCGCAUAUAUUCAGCGCAACUUCCCUUCAUCCUUCCUUUUUCCGAGCUCCGUGUGAAAGGAGAGACAUCACGGCAAAAUGAGGCACGUCUCAAGAGACACUUUGUACGAGGCUGUUCGGGAGGUCCAGUCUGGUUCCCGUCUUAAGAGGAGAAAGUUUCUUGAGACUGUGGAACUGCAGAUCAGCUUGAAGAACUACGAUCCCCAGAAGGACAAGCGUUUCUCAGGCACCGUCAGGCUGAAGACCACCCCACGCCCCAAGUUCUCUGUGUGUGUCCUUGGUGAUCAGCAGCAUUGUGAUGAAGCCAAAGCCGCCGAGUUCCCACACAUGGACAUCGAGGCUCUUAAAAAGCUCAACAAGAACAAGAAAAUGGUCAAGAAGCUGGCAAAAAAGUACGAUGCUUUCCUGGCCUCUGAGUCUCUGAUCAAGCAGAUUCCUCGUAUCCUGGGACCUGGUCUCAACAAGGCAGGAAAGUUUCCUUCUCUCCUCACCCAUAACGAGAACCUGAUCACCAAGGUGGAUGAAGUAAAAUCCACCAUCAAAUUCCAGAUGAAGAAGGUUCUGUGUCUGGCUGUGGGAGUUGGUCAUGUCAGGAUGACUGAGGAAGAGCUGGUCUACAACAUUCACCUGGCUGUGAACUUCCUGGUGUCUCUGCUGAAGAAGAACUGGCAGAACGUCAGAGCUCUCUACAUCAAGAGCACCAUGGGAAAGCCACAGCGCCUCUAUUAGAGACUUUGUUCCAUAAUUUUUCCAUAAAUAAAUGUGGAGUUGGUCCAAA